AGAGGUCUAGAGAGAGAGGGACAGAAAGCUAGAACCUUCUAUCUCUCUCCGUCUUUGCCUACUCUUUUAUUUCCUCUUUUUGCAAUCAGUCUCUGCGAUUUUCUGAAAUAGGCAAAGUCCCCUGAUUAUGAUAACUACGAAGAUGAAGAGGAAGGAUCUUGAGCUCGACGAGUUCAGCGACGAUUUCUCUGAUUUCUCUCUGUCUUCUCCGGCACGGAAGAUUCGCCGCCUCGAUGCUGAGUUGCCGCCGAUUAUGGAGGAAGAGGAGGCGGAGAUUCCUCUGGAAGUAGGCGGAGGAGUGGCAGAGGAUAUGGAACUUCCGUCCAACGAGGAAAGGGCUAUUGUUCUCUUCAAACCUGUGAAUGCUUCCCUUUUCCAUUCACAACCUUCGAAUCUUUCUUUCUCUGUUGAUUCUCAUAUCAUUUCUGGCUUCAAGAAUCAAUUACUUGGGUCGAGCCAGUGUGGUCACGUAAAAUCAGCUGAGGAAGAAGCUAUGAGGGACGAGAAUGGCGAUUGUUUGGCUGUGGUUCCAUGGGUUCCCUCUCAGCUUUUUCCUGCACCGGCCACCGAGAUUUCCCGAAUGGACGCUCCUGAGUUGAUGGAAGAGGCGGAAGAAAUGGAAGCAGCGACGAUGGAUAUUGAAGAAGACAACAACAACAACAAUACAAGCAUAGAGCAAGGCCACCCUAAUGCACAUGCGUAUAGUGACGUAGCGGGAAGCGAUGGCUUGCAUCAGUGCCAGCAACUGUACCACUGCAUGAUAGAACAGCUUCCCCAGAACACUUCCACUCCCAUUACAUGGUUCCGGUGAAAAAACAACACAUUUUUAGUUUUUGUUCGUUUUGGAGGGUAGAUCUGAAUUGACCAGUGGAUGGGAUUUGUGGGGGGUUGUGGUGAGUGCUGGGAAUGGAGGCCCUUUCUUUGAUGGCUUUUGGGUUGGUUUUUAGUGUCCUUCAACAGGAAGCCAUUUUGGAUGCUGGGAACUUGCUGUAGAAAAGAAAAAAAGAAGGGAAAUGGUGCUGUAAAAAGAAAAUAGUGCUGCAAUGGGCAACCAAUGUAGAAAUUAAUAUGUUCUUUUUGUUUCCUCAUCAGUUGUUUUGCGUUUUAUUCAAAAUUUAAUGUUACCCUGCGACCAUAAGAACAUGCUUACCUACUAAUUACUCUAUAGAAUUUGUUUUGCUUUA